UAGGACUGAAAGCGGCGAAAAGGCACGUCACUCACGUCAUAUUUGACAGUUUCAGUACCUCAUAUUGGCAUUAUUUUUCAGCUAGAAUUCUCUUGUAGUAAUAUUAUAUUAUCUUGUAUUAGCUUUUCGGGACUUUCUAUCAACAUAGUUUACUUCUGCCGAAAAGAACAAUAAAAAAUAUGAAGGCUGCCAUUCUAACAUUCUGUAAAAUUGCACUGUUUUUAUUGAUAUUUAUGAGUGUCAUCUCUCAUGUCGUGAUUGGCGACUCAGCCCCUAAAAAAAUGCAAAUUGGGGUUAAAAAGAGGCCCAGUGAGUGUCCAAUAAAAAGCAAGAAAGGAGAUCUUCUUCACAUGCAUUACACGGGCACUCUGGAUGAUGGCACUGAAUUUGAUAGCUCAAUUCCCCGAGGUAACCCGCUUACCUUCACCUUGGGUUCCGGACAAGUCAUAAAGGGCUGGGACCAGGGUUUGAUAGGCAUGUGUGAAGGGGAGCAAAGGAAACUAGUCAUUCCGCCUCAUUUGGCCUACGGUGAGGCUGGAGCGCCUCCGAAGAUACCAAAGUCUGCAACUUUGACAUUCCACGUUGAUCUCGUGAAGAUUGAAAGGAAGGAUGAACUAUAAGUUAUUUACAACA